AUGAGUUCGAAUACUUCAAACCCCUUAAAAAUAGUCGAUGUCACUUCCGUUGAUCAUGAAACGGCGGAAGAGAUGUUAGAAGCUGCAACAAGUCAAGGAUUUUUAUUUAUCGAAGGUCAUGAUUUCACACAAGAAGAAGUGGAUAUGCUAUUCGAAGUAUCAAAACAAUUUUUUGCGCUUCCUGACCCUUAUAAGGAAAAAUACUUAAUAGAUAGUAGUAAUCAUGGGUAUACUAACUACGGAGGAGAAAAUUUAGAUCCUUCAAGUCAAAAAAAGGGUGAUCCAAAAGAAGCACUUAACUUUUGCUGUUUGAACUUCUUGAGUGGACUUUCUUCGCGUGCUAUUCCAGAUUGGUUCAAUGAAGAUCCAGCUCGUCUGGAAUUGGUCCAGUCAACUAUUAAGAAGCUAUACGGGUUAUCAAUUAAGAUUCUUAACCUUUUGGCACUUGGAUUGAAGAUUGAAGACACGGAUGAAUGUAAGGGAAUUGACUGGUUUAAUUCAAAGUACUUAGCGAGUAAGGAGUCAGGCUCUACAUUUAGAUUUUUACAUUACCCAGGACAGAAAAGCCUUAAUCCUGAGUCAGUUAUUAGAGCUGGUGCUCACACUGACUACGGUUCUAUGACAUUGUUAUUUCAACAAGAAAAUCAAGAAGGUUUAGAAAUAUACUCCCCUGUAUCAAAAAAAUGGGAGGCAGUACCAUUUGUACCUACUAACUCCCAGAAAUUCCCAACUUCAGCACCUCCAAUUGUAGUGAAUAUUGCUGAUCAAUUGAGUUACUGGACUGCAGGCUUACUCAAAUCUACAAUCCAUAGAGUCAGAUUCCCAGCUAAGUUUCAAGAAACAGACCAGGAUCGUUACUCAAUUGUAUUUUUCAGUCAUCCAAAUGAUGAGUCUCUUUUAGAGCCGGUGCCUAGUGAACUUGUUAGAUCCAGAAAGGGUAGAGGAGCUAACAAAGACACAACUUUGUUAACUGCAAAAGAGCAUUUGGAUAAGAGAUUAGCAGCUACUUAUGGCUGGACAUAUUAG